CGGGUGACCACUGCGGGAUUCUGCGACGUGGAAAGCUCUUGAGGUGCAAAUCGGCGAGAGAAGGAGAGGCUCAUCUGUUUUGUCGAGUCCUGAGAAGCCCCGCUUACUGAAGCCUCGCUGACGAGGCCUCACGGAGGCGAUGGCCGUAUUCGUCCAUCUCAGUGGAGCAGGUCGUUCAUCCGCAGAUAGUGUCCUGACCUGUCCCCACUGCGGCGGCAAUGACUUCGAAACACAGCUGGGCACGGGAAAGGUGUGUCAGUCGUGCGGCCAGGUGCUUGUCAAUGGCGCCACCGGCAGCAGCGGCAACCACAGGACCCGCUCAGCAUCAGCUGCUGCGCCGGCUGUUGAGCAGACGAUGACGUAUGAGCUGGACUGGGAGGAGGACACGUGGGAUGCGGGCAAGCAGUUCGUGUGGCACCGCUUCCCCGGCAGCAGGGGCAACGCCGGCACCGCUGCCGCCAGAGCCAUGGCCAACGUCAGGUGGAGAGAUGCACGGGAGAGGAGAAACGACACAUUCGUAAGCAACCGACCACACACACACACAGACCUGUAAUAGACAUGAACAGACAGCUGUCGCCCUCCCUUCUAUGCGCCCGUGCUCUCUCUCUCUCUCUCUCUCUCGCUGUGUGGGUGGGUGUGUGGGCGUGCGUGUGUGUGUGUGGGAUUGCAGAAAGGCGUUGAGUCGAGGAUAGAGAGCAUUUCGCAGGUGCUGUGUCCCGGCAAGGCAGCGCAGGCCAUCGACAUUUUCGCCUCCUACCGCCAGGCCGUCCCCCGCAUUCGUGUCGGCAAUCCCAACAACGCCGAGCUGAUUGCCGUGGCGUGUGUCUACUGUGCCAUGCGGAUGAACAGAGACAAUGUGGCUACCGCCGAUGACGUCACGGUAAGCAAGGGGACAAGGGAGAGAGGGAGGGAGGGAGUCAGGGAAGGGACACCACACACUCAGAUGGUCGGUCGUCUGUCUACUAUGUGCGAAUGUGUGUGUGCAUUAUCAGGAUCGUAUGUCGGUGGAUCCGGCCAGCUUGACCGAGACGGUUCGCAGGAUCUGCCGGGCCACCUCCCUCCCCCUUCCCCGGCUGCGUCUGGCCGCCUUCACCCAUCAGCUCAUCCUCACAUACACCCGGCGAUUCCUCCUGGCGCGCCAGCGGGUCCUCUUCCCACACCAGACACACCAAGCGGCCUCAGAGAAGCGGGACCAAGAGCGGCAGAAGAUUGCAGAGGCAGCGAGCGGGCAAGACGGAGGCGGUGACGGCGGGGCUGAUCUGCUCCUCCAGUUUGACACGCUUGACACCUUCUCGGUCGUCGACGACACCGUCAACUCGCGCAAGAAGAGGAAAGCGGCCAGGCGGCUCAAGAGAGGGACUGUGGAUGGAGAGGGCCAUGCAGAGCACGAGGGGGACGAGGGAGACGGCCUGGUGGUGCCGACCAGCGACUUGUUGGACAAGGAGGAGCUGGACAAAUGGCAGCGGUUCGAGGAAAUGGCCGAGUGGGUGGCUGACCUCGCCGACAAAUUCUGCUGGGUGAGAAGAGCAAGUACACACAUGCAUAGCUUUCUUUCUUGGGGCCUCUGCACUGGAUUGGCUCUGUCUGUGCUUCAUUCACUGCAGGCGACUACCAGACAGACGUCCACUCGUCGCGUGCAGGCUGCGAGCGUCAUCACCCUUGUCGCCCGGCACCUACUGCUGCUGCCCGUCAACACCGUACCAGGACACAAAGACCUUCAAGUAAGCCUUUGCACACGCAGUCUCUGUCUGUCUGAUGCUGAUGCCAUCCCGCAUGCUGUGUGUUGUGUUGUGUGUGCAGGCUGCCCACGACAAGAGAACUGACACCUGCCGCGAGGCGUGCCGGUGGCUGGGUGUGGCCGAGGUGCCGCUCAUGAAUGCCGGGCGGCGGCUUGCCACCACACUGGCAGCGCUGAUAAGGACAUUGCCCGACCCCUCUGACCAGCACCAGCACCACCAGGUCACACGCAAGAACGUCCACCGCUACCUCUCCUUCCUGGAGCCGCACAAGGCCCUCAUCGACACACUCACCCCGGACCAGCUGUCACUCGACGAGACAGACACCAACGGCCACCGCAAGGCCAAGAGAAGGAAGACAGAGAAGGGCGACGUGCCGUCUGCUGCCGCAGGUGGAGAGGAUGACAAUGGGCGGGGGCGAGGGAAAGGCGAAGGGCAUUGUAAUGGAGGAGGUUGCGAGACGAGGGCGGAGAGGGCGAGGCGGAAGGUGGAGAGGGAUGAGGCUGUGGCUGCUGAGCGGAAACGGAAGCUCGACCUGUGGGCCAAGGCGGUGGGGUGCGGCGGAUCGGACGAGGAUGACACUGACUGACUGACUGGCUCUGACUCACUCUUACUGAUUGAUGUGUGGUGUGAAUAGAACUGACCGACCAUACCGUAUGUGUAUCGUAUCGAUCAUCGCCUUCGUGGAAUCAAUGGAUCGGUUGACAUGAAUGACCUGCAUGUCGCGCGUUAUUUGACCAUGUCAUUCAUAUUGAUGGACAAUGAAUGAUCCAUAUUGAUGAUUCAAUCCAAUCCCCC